AUGGAAACUUGGAUGAAAUUAGUGAACUCAUUACUUACUGUUACUGUAAAAGUUCAUCAAUUUGUCCAUCUGUACCUAAGAACCCAGUCUUCUACGCAAAGCAUAAAUCAGUUAAUGUCUAUUCACGAUCGUGCCAAGUCCUUUUGUUCUUCACUUUUAGAAAACAUUGUGAAUCCGAAAUCUAAAAAUGGACCAAUUGUAACUCUUACUUAUGCGCAAAGUCUUGAUGGCAGAAUCUCAGGACAUCAUGGAAAACAAUUAGCAUUAAGCUGCGAAGAAUCAUUCGUAAUGACGCAUAGAUUACGAACUUUGCAUGAUGGCAUAUUAGUCGGCAUUGGUACAUUAUUAAAUGAUAACCCGCGAUUAACAGCAAGAUUAUUAGGUCCUGAUGAACUAGAAUCAACAAUUAGUCAGCCAAGACCAAUAAUACUAGAUUCUCAAUUACGAUUUCCUCUUUCAUCAAAAGUAUUGUUACAAUCCAAGACGAAUGGAUAUAAAUCACCUUUAAUUUUUACUAGUUAUGAGCAUGAUUCUGAUAAAAGAAAGUUACUGGAGCAAGAAGGAGCAGUGGUUAUUCCAAUUGAAACUAACAAAAAUGGGCAACUUUCAGUUCCUCAUGUUUUAUCAAUAUUAUGUUUACCACCUUUUUCAAUUCGUCGACUAAUGGUAGAAGGUGGUGCUAAGAUAAUCAAAUCUUUUUUAAAAAGUAACGUGGUAGAUUUAUUGAUUGUUACUAUUGCACCCGUAUUUGUUGGUGCAAAUGGAAUUUUAGCUAUUGAUGAAAAUUCAACAAACAGUCAAAUAGAAGAAGAAGUUAAUGAUGAUUUGCCAAAGUUAGUAAACGUAAAAUAUGAGCAAUUCGGAAGAGAUAUUGUUUUAGCUUCUUAUGUUUUAUCUUAA